AUGAUCAAUGUUUCCCUCUAUAUAAUCUCAGUGAUUGGAAACUACUUCAGAUUUAUUAAUCUGCUAUACAUUGGCUAUCUCUGCAUGCAAACAUUUCCACUUGUGUUUGAACAGUACGAAGAAGAAAUUAAUAAUCUGUUUGGAGAUAUCAGGCUAGUGCUCAAGAAAAUGUAUAGGAAGUUUGACAAGAAUUAUCUCAGAAAAAUUUCUAGAGGACCAUUGAAGGACAAAAAAGCUCAAUGA